CAUCCGCCAGCUCCAUCACCUGCCUGCCCCCCCCUCUCUCUCUCUCUCUCAUAAUUAGAGGAUAAGACCAUACCAGACCAAAAUCCAAACCCAAAACAACGCAGCCCUCAAAUCUCUCUCAUUUAUAUCUUUCUCUCUUUUAGAUCAAAACCUAUAAAAGAACCUUUUUUUAAAUUCUUCCCUCUCUCUUUGUUUUCUUUCUAAUUUUUUUCCCCUUUUAAAGCUCUAACUUUUGGGUCUUUAAUCUUUGAACAAACCCUAGAUUUACCUUAUUUUUCGCUUGAUUCAGGGUUUUGGUUACUGGGUUGGGACUAAACAGUUCAAAAUUGAAUCUUUUUGGUUAGAUCUGUGUUUUUUUAAUUAAUUAAUGAGGUUGGAUUCAUCUCUUUUGGCUGUGAAAUCGAAAACCCAGAUAAGAAGAUUCAGUUUUUAGCUGCUGAAACAAAAACCCAGAUAUAAAAAUUUAUUUUUUAGUCGUCAAAGAACAAACCUAGAUAAAAAAAACCCAGUUUUUAGGUGUGAAAAGAGGAACCAAAACAAAAAAAAUCGAUUUUUUGUGUUUUUGUUGAGGGAUUAUUGGGGUAGUGUGGAACAAAAAAGGAAGAAAUGGCAGAGCAAGGAGGCUUGGAAGGUAGCCAGCCAGUGGAUCUCUCCAAGCAUCCUUCUGGCAUUGUUCCCACCCUCCAGAACAUUGUCUCAACCGUGAACUUGGAUUGCAAGCUGGAACUUAAGCAAAUUGCCCUGCAAGCCCGUAAUGCAGAAUAUAAUCCCAAGCGUUUUGCUGCCGUCAUCAUGCGGAUUAGGGAACCAAAAACUACAGCAUUGAUUUUUGCCUCUGGCAAGAUGGUGUGCACAGGUGCCAAGAGCGAACAGCAAUCUAAACUGGCUGCGAGAAAGUAUGCUCGAAUUAUCCAAAAGCUUGGCUUUGCUGCCAAAUUUAAGGACUUCAAGAUUCAGAAUAUUGUUGGCUCUUGUGAUGUCAAGUUCCCCAUUAGACUUGAAGGGCUCGCAUACUCCCAUGGUGCUUUCUCAAGUUAUGAACCUGAACUCUUUCCGGGUCUAAUAUAUCGCAUGAAACAACCAAAGAUUGUGCUCCUUAUUUUUGUCUCUGGAAAAAUUGUGAUCACUGGAGCCAAGGUGAGAGAGGAGACAUACACAGCCUUUGAAAAUAUAUACCCUGUCCUUACAGAGUUCAGGAAAGUCCAGCAAUGUCUUUUACUUCCAAGAAACCAAAACCUUCAAAAUGCCUACACAAUCAAGACUUGUAGCAACUUCUCAUUUCUCACGUUAACAUCUAUAAAGCACAAACAAGAAAGCACACAUGGUCGCUUGAAGUUGCCGUUUAACAAUGAUGGGGCUAGCUGGAAACUUCUUGGGAAUGAUUUUGUUGGUGGGUUGAGAUCAUUUCAGAGCCAGAAGAGAAAAAUCAGGUUUCUCGGUACUAGUGGUACAAGGUUAUAUGCUGCUUCUUCUUUGAGCAAGAAACCCAAGCAUUUUUACACAGAGGCAAGUCAAAGUGUUAGUGAGGUUAAUGAUGAUAGUGAAGAAGAUUAUGAGAGGGAUGAAUUAGCUUGCUUUAGAGGCCUUGUCUUGGAUAUCUCUUACAGGCCAGUCAAUGUUGUGUGCUGGAGGCGUGCUAUAUGUUUGGAAUUCAUGGAGAAGGCUGAUGUACUAGAAUAUUAUGAUCAGGCUGUAAAUUCCCCAAGCGGAUCCUUUUACAUACCAGCUGUAUUAAGGGUUCCACAUCUAUUACAGGUCGUUAAGAGAAGAAGAAUCAAAAGCAACCUUAGUCGCAAGAAUAUACUUUAUAGGGACAACUUUACUUGUCAGUAUUGUUCUUCUCGCGAGAACUUGACCAUUGACCAUGUUCUGCCAACUGCACGAGGAGGUGAAUGGAAAUGGGAAAAUCUGGUUGCUGCUUGUGCCAAAUGCAACUCAAAGAAGGGUCAAAAAACUCCAGAGGAAGCAAACAUGAAGCUGAGUAAGGUCCCCAAGGCCCCUAAAGAUUAUGACAUACUUGCCAUACCCCUAACAAGUGCAGCAAUAAGGAUGCUGAGGAUGAGAAAGGGAAUGCCUGAAGAGUGGCAACAAUAUCUAGCGAGGCCAUCAUCAGAGCCAUGACAUAUAUUCCACGUUGAAGUUGUACAUUCUCGUGCUCAGUACAUAUGUUUUUUCUAGCUCUUGGUGCCCAAAUCUUAUAGAUGUAUUCUGAUCGAUGCAAAUGUGAAUUGCUUAGAUUUUCUUUCGUUUGCCUCUAUGUACUGGAUAAACUCAUGUAAACGAGACACUUAUCUAACACAGCACCUUUAGUAUUGUGGCA